AAUUAAGCAGUGGCCUUAAAAUCGAAUGGCUGAAAUCACAGCGCAGCUUCGUCUGUCUUCCACAUCUUCUUCAUUUUUCAUCAACGGCGGAGGAGUAGGAGGCAGACGCUCCCUCUCCGCUGUAUUCUCUUCCAGGCCCCCUACUAAACUCGCCAACCCUAAGUCCACUUCUUUUACUCCUUGCAGAGCUUCAUGGCAAGAGCUGGCGGGAGUGUUGGUGUUUUCGGCGAUUCCUUUCACGGCGGUCAAAGCCGUCGCUAAUAGCCCUCUGGGAGACUCCCUGCAGAGGCAAUUGUUGAAGAGGAAGAAAGAAGCUCUUGAUAAUUCUUCAAGGUUCCAGGCUUUAGCUCGGAAAGCAAGAAAUGAGAGCUUCUGGUACGGAGAAGACCGCCCUAGAUGGCUUGGCCCCAUCCCAUAUGACUAUCCUGAAUACCUGACCGGAGAACUGCCUGGGGAUUAUGGUUUUGAUAUUGCCGGUCUAGGAAAGGAUCCUGUGGAUUUCCAUAAAUACUUCAAUUUCGAAAUACUCCAUGCUCGUUGGGCAAUGCUUGCAGCCCUUGGUGUUGUGGUUCCAGAAAUAUUAGAUAUGCUCAGUAUCUCUCACUUUGCUGAACCCGUUUGGUGGCGAGUGGGCUAUUCCAAACUUCAGGGAGAAACACUGGACUACCUUGGCAUCCCAGGUCUACACUUAGCCGGAGGGCAAGGGGUGAUCGUCAUAGCUAUCUGUCAGGCCCUCCUAAUGGUUGGACCAGAAUACGCAAGAUAUUGCGGGAUCGAAGCGUUGGAACCACUCGGGAUAUACUUGCCGGGCGAUGUUAAUUAUCCGGGAGGAGUGCUGUUUGACCCAUUGAAGCUUUCAAGCGACCCAGUAGCUUUUGAGGAGCUGAAGGUGAAGGAGAUUAAAAAUGGGAGGCUGGCCAUGGUUGCUUGGUUAGGGUUUUAUUUCCAAGCUGCUUUGACAGGUAAAGGUCCUGUAGGGAACCUGGUUGACCACAUCUCUGAUCCAUUUCACAAUAAUCUAUUUUCCCUAUUCAGUUCCAUGUAAAUACAUAAUUCUGUAUGUAGUUAUAGAUAUAUUGAUACCAUGUAAAGCUAUCCAACACCACUUUCAAGUUUUACUGGAAUGAUGGAUGCAUGUAAAUGACCAACAAGCUUUCAGAGACGGUGCUUGACACAC